GGUGUCCUGGUCAUGAACACACCCACUGGGAACAGCCUCAGUGCCGCCGAGCUCACCUGUGGGAUGAUCCUGUGCUUGGCCAGGCAGAUCCCGCAGGCAGCUGCCUCCAUGAAGGAGGGCCAGUGGGACCGUAAGAAGUACAUGGGCAUGGAGCUGAACGGGAAGACGCUGGGUGUGCUGGGGCUGGGGCGCAUCGGCAGGGAGGUGGCCACCCGCAUGCAGGCUUUCGGCAUGAAGACCAUAGGCUACGACCCCAUCAUCACGCCCGAAACCUCAGCUGCCUUCGGUGUGGAGCAGCUGCCGCUGGAGCAGAUCUGGCCCCGCUGUGACUUCAUCACAGUGCACACACCGCUGCUGCCCUCCACCAAAGGGCUCCUGAACGACAGCACCUUUGCCAAGGGCGCUGUGCUGCGGGCGCUGCAGUCGGGGCAGUGCGGCGGGGCCGCCCUCGACGUCUUCACGCAGGAGCCCCCGAGGGACCGCGACCUGGUGAACCACCCCAACGUCAUUUGCUGCCCACACCUGGGCGCCAGCACGCGGGAGGCGCAGAGCCGCUGUGGCAAGGAGAUCGCCGUGCAGAUCGUGGACAUGGCCACGGGGAAGGGGCUGGCCGGCGUAGUCAACGGGCAGGCUCUCAGCAAGGCUUUCGCACCCCAGACCAAGCCCUGGAUCACCCUGGCCAGGGCCCUGGGCACGGUGCUGCGCGCAGCGGGCAAGCAAGCCCAGGGCAGCGUGCAGGUCUGCACCCUAGGGACACCCCUGCGGGAGGCCGGGAGCUACCUGACGCCCGCCGUAGCUGCGGGCAUGCUGGCUGGAGGGGCGCAGAAGGAGGUGACCCUGGUGAAUGCCCUGCUGCUGGCCCAGGAGGCUGGGCUGAAGGUCACAACCACCCACGGCGAUGUGGCCCCCAAGCCCGACAGCAGCACCGGCGUGCUGCAGGUGUCCCUGCAAGGCACCCCACACCGGGUGGUGGGGACAGUGCAGGGCAGCACCCCAGUGCUGCAGGAGCUCAAUGGGGCCACCUUCAAGCAGCCAGCCCCACUGGCUGGCCCCCUCCUCAUCUACAGAGCCAAAGCCUCCGAGCCCAGCACACUACCCACGCUCACCGGGCUGCUGGGGAAGGCAGGGGUCCAGCUCCAGUCCUACCACAGCUCUGGCACGGUGGCGGGGGAGCAGUGGAGUGUCGUGGGGCUCUCGGCACCCCUGUCUGACCUCGGAGAGCUGAAGUCACGGGUCACGGAGGUCUUCCAGCUCCACCUGUAAACCCUGAGUGCCAGCAAGGAUUCUCCCCAUGGCCGCA